GUGUGGAAUGCACUAGAUAAGUGUAUAUAAGACUGACACUCGAGUCUCAACUUCACUACAGGUAGUGAGGACAGGUCUUAAAAUGGACGGGGUCCUGGUUUUUCUGGUCCUCUGUGGGACCCUGGCACCUGCACUCAGUGCACUUACUCCUCCUGCAACCUUCCUUCCUUCCAACCCCUACACCACCACUCCAGCCACCCCUCCUCAGCCGACGACUAGAGCUGCGACAACCAUAAAACCAAGUGUCAUGAGUGGCACCUACCUGCUGACAGUGCCACAGAAAGCUAUACCCGGUUUCAACUUCACCCUGGGGUACGAGUCGUUUGUCGACAGACCGGUGGAGCUCCAUGCCAGAAUCUAUGAGAUGGUGAAUGAUGGCGCGGCGGGUAGAUAUCCAUACCCGACUGUCGUCACCGCCACUGGUUCCUUUGUCAAAGGUCAGCGGACGUCUUCUGGACUGCGGUGUUGGGAGAUGUCUGGAAAACUGACAAAUACUUCCAGACAGGCCCGUUCUUAGCCCCCGCGGGGCCCGAGGCAAAGGGCAUGUGCGGGGCCCUCACGCCACGAUCACACGGUUUUAGUUGGGAUCUAAAGUCACUUUUUUCCUCGGAGUCCAGUGGCAUUAACUUUCCUCCCUUACCUCCUACCCUACAAUCCACCCAGCGUACCGACACCUUCUCUAGCUCAGUUAGACUAACGUAGUAGUUGUUUCUUUUUUUUUUUUUUUUUUUUUAUUUUUUUUUUUUUUUUUUUUUGGUGGUGGAGAAACGGGAAAAGAAAGUUUCAGUAACUAGGAAAUAAAGCACUCGACCUCUCGCUUCGCUUACAGGCUGCAAAGCCAGGGGCGGGGCCCAAUCCGCUCAAUUCACAGACUGGCCACACCUCAGUAACAUACCUUAUACCUACCUCUUCACUCAGUUCCAACUUGCCCCCCUAGUGGCGCAUAAAUCCAGCAAUAGCUCAAUGCACGAACGUUCAUGCGCGAUAAAUCCUCGGUGUCCAGCAGCCUUCUGUCUCCAAGCGCGUCCAGCCAGAAUGUGAUACGGCUGACUACACUUCCAUAUGCCUA